ACCCUGCCACAAAAUGAGAAGCUCUCCACUUGUCCCCUCCCGAUAAGCUCCAUCCGUGCCGCUCCGCACUCGCAUCCGCCUAGUUUCAUCGUCAUCCAUCAUUCCUGAAUGGUCAUCCGAAGUACACCUCAAAUACCAGUAGUAAGCAUAUAUACUCAUGGAUGUUGCAAGUCGAUGGUGCACAUUGAGCAAUCAUAAUCAUGCUAUUAGCAAGUCAAUAUUGCACUACCAGAUAUUUAUGCACCCAAAAUCAUCCUAUUCUUGAAUCAGUUGGUCUCAGGCACUGGUUCAAAAACUGGCAAGAACAAAGAAAGUAUAGACUAACUGCAAGCACUUUUGCACAUGCUAUUGGCUUUUGGCCCAAACGUAGGGUCCAGCUCUGGCUAGAAAAGAUUGGUGCUGUUGAUCCAUUCCCUGGAAACCUUGCAACUUGUUGGAAUAACAUCAAAGAAGAAGAAGCACUCGAAAGAUAUAAACUAAUAACUGGCAAUCCUGUUCUGUUUCCUGAUUUCCAAAUUAGCGGGAAAUUAAAUCCCGAAGACUAUUGGCUUGCAGCUUCUCCUGAUGGUGUAAUUGACAAGAUUGCUUAUGGUUUGCCUUACCGCGGAUUGUUAGAAAUAAAAUGCCCUUUUAAGGGUAAUAUGAGAAAAAAUCUACCAUGGUCUAAUAUAACGUAUAACUGUAUACCACAAGUUCAAGGAUUGAUGGAAAUUUCAGAUCGAGAUUGGAUGGAUUUUUAUGUGUGGACUCCCAAUGGAAGUAGUUUAAUUAGAGUAGAGAGAGAUGUACAGUAUUGGAAUGUGGUAAAGAUAGCAUUAUCAGAUUUUUGGUGGAAUCAUGUGCAGCCUGCAAGGGAGAUAUAUAGUAAUUACAUGAUAAAAGAUCCGUUAAAUGAGUUAAAAAGUUUAUGCCCAGCGCCUGAGCAUGAGCUAUGUAGUUACAUAGUCAAUGAAAGCAAACGUGUUGUUGGUAAUUCUAGAUUGUUGAUGCGUGAAAUCAAUGGGAAAUUGAUAGACUAAUGCAUAAUACAUGUACAGUUUAUAGGAGAAUUUUGGAAUACGAAAUCAUUUACAGCUAAGUAAUUACGAUAUUUGAUUCUUUC